UCCUACGAUUCCGUUUAUCAAGAAAAUGGAAAGCAAGGUAGCAAGUUGCGUUUUAGUGUUUCUGGGAUUAUUUAUAAUCGUCCAGUGUUCGACAAUGGCAAAUGAGGGACGUGUAAUUCAAAAAUAUCUAAAAUGGAAUUAUACUCAUUUCAAUGAAAAUUGUACCACAGCUUCAGGGCGAACCCAAUGCACAGAUAUUCGGAUUUGCAAAUUUGCCACUGCUUCCAUAGCGAUGGGAGGCUGGCCAGCCAUGUGUGGCUGGGUGUCCGAUGUUAUACCAAAAGUGUGUUGCGGUUUUCCACUGGCUUUAGGAGGAGCUCUUCUGAGAAAAGUGGACGAAGAAAAGGCAAGAAAAAGAGAAUGCGGCCGAACCACUUGGAGUCCAGGACUAUCAGAGACAGAAAACUACUUCUUUAAACUUGUAAAAGACUUACCAGAUGUCAAUAUAAGCGAUCUAAGCAGAUAUGAUCCACCUUUAGAUUUGUCCAUACAAACGAUGGUGUCGCCAGUCGGAGGGAGUCCUUCAAGACAAGGAGAUUUUCCAUGGAUGGUAUCUAUUCGUAAAAAUGGAAAGCAUUUGUGUGGCGGCAGCUUAAUUGACAGGAGCCAUGUCCUUACUGCAGCCCAUUGCUUUGACUCAAGAGAUCCUUUGGAUCCUUCCAUACAUUCAAUUCACAUUGGAAAUAUACAUGUGGAUGAAGGCUAUCCAGUUAAAGUGAAGAAAAUUAUUGUGCACGAAGAUUACAUUCCUGGCCAGUACUACCACGAUAUCGCCAUGCUCACACUAGGCAAGGAAAUCCUCAAUCCAUUUGCAGCUCACAUCUGCUUACCGUCGCCAAAAAUUGCAGCAAGAAACCUCACAGGCGCCAAGACAUUUCUGUUAGGAUGGGGACACACAUCAUUCGGUGGCAGAGGAGCUUCUGUGAUGCACAUUGUUGACAAUAUCCCUGUAGUGUCAACAGAACAGUGUCGUCACGCUUAUCGCCAAGUGGCUAGAAAUUCUUUGCCUGGAGGUGUAACCAACGACUUUUUAUGCGCUGGUUUUGAAGAAGGCGGUAGAGAUGCUUGUCAGAGCGAUUCCGGUGGACCCUUAAUGUACAAAGAGGAUCAAGACGGUUAUAGUUCUCCAUGGGUGCUCGUAGGCAUCGUUUCUUUUGGGUUCCGGUGUGCUGAGCCAGGAUUUCCGGGAGUAUAUACACGUGUGUCGAGUUACAUGAACUGGAUAUUAGGAAAUAUGGAAGCCUAAGGAUUUUAAAUUAUAAUAAAAUAUUUAUUACCUGUUUUA